AUGGUCUGGCUCGGCAGAGAUUACGUCGCUGCAACUGGGGGCUGUUGGGAUACCACAUUGCUGUGGGUGAAUGAAGAGAUGGCCAGCAGACGCCAUCGAGUCGGAGAUGAUGAAGCUAUGGAGAAAUUGUUUGAAAUGGCUGAUCUUUCUACUAAAUAUUUUUUGGGAUAUAAAGCUCGGCCUCUGAUUGGCGUUGUACGAUUGACUCUGUUUUGUGUGAGACAACUGAUUCACUUGUAG